GUUUCCGGCUGGUGGUUCCGCACCGGCCCCCAGUAGACGUGUAACGGAAGGUGGGCCGCAGCCAUGGCUGAGAGGAAACCUAACGGUGGCGGAGGCGCAGCUUCCACCUCCUCGUCGGGCACGAACUUACUUUUCUCCUCCUCGGCCACGGAGUUCAGCUUCAACGUGCCCUUUAUCCCAGUUACCCAGGCUGCCGCUGCCUCGGCCUCCCUGCUCUUGCCCGGAGAGGAUUCCACAGAUGUGGGUGAGGAGGACAGCUUCCUUGGUCAGACUUCUGCUCACACGUCUACCCCACAGACAUUUAGUUACUUCUCUCAGGUAUCAAGCAGUAGUGAUCCUUUUGGGAAUAUUGGACAGUCACCGUUAACAACUGCAGCAACAUCGGCUGGACAGUCAGCAUUCUCCAAGCCCCCAACUGCUCUCCCUUUUACCACCGGAUCCCAAGAUAUGUCGAAUGCAUUUUCACCAUCCAUUUCGAAGGCUCACUAUGGUGCUCCACCUGCUUCACAAACGGGAAUAAAUACUUAUCUGCCUUCUCAGCCUAGUAGUCUCCCUCCUUCAAAUUUUGGGAGCCCACCCCAAGGAACGCCCCAACAAGGAUACAAUCCAUAUCGCCACACAGCUGUAAGCAGCAGGGCUAAUCCUUAUAUUGCACCGCCACAGCUGCAGCAGGGCCAAACACUGGCCCAUCCUACCCAUCCCCCGCCCUCUGGACCCCCUGUUCAGAUGUACCAGAUGCCUCCAGGAUCUCUGCCAUCGAUUCCUCCUUCAGUGCAGCCAGGGCUGUCCCCUCCAACCCAACAGCAGGCACCUGCUAGACCUGCGGGUCCCUCUGUGCAAGCGUCAUCUCUUUUUCUACUUCAAAACCAAUAUGAACCUGUCCAACCCCACUGGUUUUACUGCAAGGAGAUAGAAUACAGGCAACUGUGGAUGCCUUUCAGUGUGUUUGACUCUUUGAAUCUUGAAGAAAUCUAUAACUCAGUCCAGCCAGACCCUGAGAGUGUGGUUCUAGGCACUGAUGGAGGGCGCUACGACGUUUACCUCUAUGACCGGAUGAGGAAAGCCGUGUACUGGGAAGAGGAGCCAGCUGAAGUGAGACGCUGUACUUGGUUUUACAAAGGGGACACAGACAGCAGAUUUAUUCCCUAUACAGAGGAGUUCAGUGAAAAACUGGAGGCUGAAUAUAAAAAAGCUGUAACCACGAAUCAGUGGCACCGCAGAUUAGAGUUUCCGAGUGGGGAGACAAUUGUUAUGCACAAUCCAAAGGUUAUUGUUCAGUUCCAGCCCUCAUCAGUGCCAGAUGAAUGGGGGACCACACAAGAUGGACAGACAAGGCCCAGGGUUGUAAAGCGUGGAGUUGAUGAUAACCUUGAUGAAAUUCCUGAUGGGGAAAUGCCUCCGGUUGACCAUUUGGUGUUCAUGGUGCAUGGCAUUGGACCUGUGUGUGACUUGCGCUUUAGAAGCAUUAUUGAAUGUGUGGAUGAUUUUAGGGUGGUUUCUCUCAAAUUGCUGCAGACACAUUUCAAGAAAUCUUUAGAUGAUCGGAAAGUAAGCAGAGUGGAAUUCCUUCCGGUUCAUUGGCAUAGUUCCUUGGGUGGGGAUGCCACCGGUGUUGACAGGAAUAUUAAGAAAAUCACUUUACCAAGUAUUGGUCGGUUUCGUCACUUUACUAAUGAAACCUUGCUAGACAUUUUAUUUUACAACAGCCCCAUCUACUGUCAGAGGAUUGUGGAGAAAGUGGGAUUGGAGAUAAACCGUCUGUAUGCACUCUUCAUGAGUCGGAACCCAGACUUCAAAGGAGGGGUCUCUGUUGCUGGUCACAGUUUAGGUUCUUUAAUAUUGUUUGACAUCCUGUCUAAUCAAAAAGAUUUGAAUUUAUCAAAGUCUCCUGAGCCUUUAGCUGUUGCUAAUGGAGUUGUGAAGCAGCCACAUUUCCAGGAAAAGCAGAUACCUGAAGAGCCAAAGCUGACGUUGGAUGAGUCUUGUGACCUUGAUGUUGAAAAUGAAGAAGUCCUGACUUUGCAAGAAACUCUGGAAGCACUUAGCCUCUCUGAAUACGUUAGCACUUUUGAAAAGGAAAAGAUUGAUAUGGAAUCUCUGCUUAUGUGUACAGUGGAUGACCUGAAGGAAAUGGGGAUACCACUUGGACCCAGGAAGAAGAUAGCUAACUUUGUAAAACAUAAAGCAGCCAAACUGGAACAGAAAAAAGCAUCAGAAAAGAAGGCAGUGAUGGCUGCUUCGACAAAAGGACAAGAGGAAAGUGCUCAGAAAGCUAAAGAAAUGGCUUCUCCGCCCUCAGAAUCCAAUGAGUCCAAGAGGAAACUCCCACUCGGAGUUUGCGUUUCUUCUGUGCACGUUGAUUAUGAGUCUUUUGAAGUUGGCACUGGACAGGUUUCUGUUGUUUACAACUCCUUAGACUUUGAACCAGAGAUUUUCUUUGCCUUGGGAUCUCCAAUUGGUAUGUUUCUCACUAUUCGAGGAGUGGAUAGUAUAGAUGAGAACUACAGGCUUCCUACCUGCAAAGGGUUCUUCAAUAUUUAUCAUCCACUUGAUCCAGUGGCAUAUAGAUUAGAACCUAUGAUUGUACCAGAUUUGGACCUAAAAGCAGUUCUCAUUCCGCAUCACAAAGGCAGAAAAAGACUUCAUUUAGAGUUGAAAGAAAGUCUCUCUCGUAUGGGAUCUGAUUUGAAGCAGGGUUUCAUUAGCUCACUGAAAAGUGCUUGGCAGACAUUAAAUGAGUUUGCCCGUGCUCAUACCUCUUCAACUCAGCUGCAAGAAGAAUUGGAGAAGGUAGCCAAUCAAAUCAAAGAAGAAGAAGAAAAGCAAGUAGUUGAAGCAGAAAAGACUGUUGAAAGUCCAGAUUUUUCCAAGGAUGAGGACUACUUAGGAAAGGUUGGAAUGUUAAACGGAGGCCGCCGAAUUGACUAUGUUCUUCAAGAAAAGCCAAUAGAGAGUUUUAAUGAAUAUCUUUUCGCUCUUCAGAGUCACUUAUGCUAUUGGGAAUCUGAAGAUACUGCCCUGUUAUUACUUAAAGAAAUUUAUCGAACAAUGAGCAUUAGUCCAGAGCAGCCCCAGCAUUGAUUGGACUUCAGCUUCACUGUACAUUCUUGUCUUUACAGAAAGUUGCAGUAUAAAUUACAUUGCUGAGAAAAUCCUCAGAGGACAUCCCCAGUCUGCUCCUGUGAUGGAUGACAGAAAUGUGAUUCACCGACACUUACUCUGCUGUAAUUCUCAGAUGUAGGGCUUCAUUUGAAAGAAAACAUACAGAACAAAAAGACAGUGAAAUAAAUCAGUACCACAUUUGGGCUGUAUAGAUGAGAAAAAGAAAUUAUUAAAAUGAUGCAGUUAAAAACUCCUCAGAUCAGUUUAGUUGUACAGUUGUCAAAGUAAUAUGUGAUAUCAAUGAAGAAAUAUUUGUAGCAUGCAGACGGUUGUUUCUGUUUCUUAAAAAACUAUUGGCAGUGGGCUAUUGAACUUGCAUUUUUUUUUAAUUAAUGUAGUAUGUUCUGUGGACUUCUUGAGAAACUAUAAUAAUACAGUUUUUUAAAAAUUUAUGUUCUACUUUAAAUGUGAAUUAUAGUUCUGAGCUGCUUUUAUGCGGGGUCAUUUAUAUCUGUUAGCGGAAGUAACCAAGAUCACUUCUAUUCCAAGCUGAACUGCUGUCUUUAAGAAGCCUUCCAGGCUGUUGCUGAGAGCAGAGCUGUGGAAGGAAGUGAGAUGCUCCGCACUUCACAGAAGACUUGUGAAGUGCUCUCCCAGCAUCAUUGCCACCAGCAGUGGGGAGCAAAUGAGAAGUUUUUCCAUUUGUCAUCUAAGGUAGCUGUGCAGUCGCCUCAUUGCUAAAGUUCCAAUCAAUAUGAGAACCACAGUAGAAUUUUUUUGGAUUUUGGUUUUUUUGCUUUGUAUUCAUUUCACUUCUACCAAAGUAUUUGAAAGUAUGAACUGUAUUGGCUUUAGACUAUAACUAUUUCAUGAAAAGACUGUUCUGUGAUAUUUUACUUCGUUUUACUGUAACUUCAAAUUAUCUAGAUAUUUUCCUAAUACUACGUGGAAAUGCUGGUUUUCUUUUGUUAUGCAGUAGGAACAUUUUACACUGUUUACAUAGUUCUCAUGGAACAUAGAAUUUUUUGAAAGCCACAUAUGAUACACAUUUUUUGUGUAUAUAUUCUAGUUAGUGUGAAUAAAACAGUAACAUCAAUGCAUUUUUUUAAAGCAGAGAACGUCUGUAUUCUUCUUGUCUUCCUUAAAAGUACUCCUGUGAGUUCAGUGGUCAUUUACUUUUCAUUGUGAACACCUGCUCUGUAGUUAAUACAUAGCUGUAGCAUUUGCUCCUAAUAAUUAGGACAGAAUUAGGACAGUAGAGUUUUUGAGCUGCAGGUGACCCCAGACAGCAUAUAUUCCAAUCACCUCAUUAUGCAGCCGACGACACUAAAUGCCUUUCUCAGGCUGCUGGGUGGCAGAUCUGGGCUGGAAUACAGUUUCACUGACUCCCUUUUGGCCUUCAUUUCUCUACACCAGUGCUAUUACCUCCCAAUUUCCUCUUAACUUCCCCAAACUGAUGAAAUAAAGAAAAAUAAGGGUUAUUUAUGUAUAUUUUAAUAAAAUCCAGUUUGAUUUUUCAACUUACAACUGGUUUUGUCUGUAUUAUUCAGCCUGUAUCUUCUGAAUAUUGGGCAGAGGGGAAGAAACACUUGAACCAGUGUCCAUAGUAGAAACGUGUACCAGCUCAGUUUUAGGAAUCUUGUGAUUUUAACACCUGGGAAAAUAUAAAAUAGAAUUUUAGAAGGUAACUCUGCUGUGGACAGCGUUUAUAUCACUCUUCAAUAUCUUAAAAAAAACAACCAAAACCAAAGCCAAAACAGUCAUAGGUCUGAGGGCAGAGUCUGUGUUUAUUAGCGUACUGUUCACUGUUGUGAACACCAUGCCUACCACAGACUUGUCACAAAGUAAGGCACUUUCCAAAUAUUUGUUGAAUAAAACAAUUUUAAAAAUCAGAAAUAGAAUUAAAUACUUAUAGACCUUAGAAUGGCCAUUCAGGUCAGUGGUUUGCAAACGUUUAAAAAGUAGCUGAACCCUUUUCAAAUUUCAGUAUAUAAACUAUAGAUGAGAGCAUAGCCGCUGAGUAAAGCUUGACCUCCUUUUUCCCAGUAGCUCGUCGCCUCCUGGGACCCUCCUACCCAGCCCUAACCUGGAUUAAUGCCCUCAUCUUCCUCAGAUGAGGAAAGUCAAGUCGCUGGUUAUUCUGAAAUUGUUUUCUGUGCAGAGUUUGGGACUAGAGUUAAAAAGCAUCAGUGUCUGAAACUGAAGGUCAAGGAGUCAUCGUAAAACCAAUGAGGUCAGCCUGGGCCUGGUUUGGUAAUGUGGCCAUAACGAGAGGAAACUCCUUUCCAAGUCUGAUGGGCCUGUGUGGUUCAUGAAUCCACCAGAUAAGGAUUUUCCUCAAAACCAGAGUGUGAUUAUAGUAGAAGGACUUAACAGGUUAUAUUGAUUUUUGACUAAGUAUGUUAUUGGAAAGGUGUGCUCUACGUAGACCCUUGAAAAUGAGGACAUUAGAGCAUAGAUACCACUACUCUGGCAGGGAGGAUCAUAUAUGCAGAAUAGCAACUCACAAUAUUAUAAAUAGCGUGCUGGAGAUCAGGACUGUCCCGGAAAUUCCAGAGUGGUUGAUCUUGGUCUAUUACCGUUGUUUCAGGUUUUUAUGACUUGAGGUGUCAUACCUUAGCGCUGAGCCUCAGUGUUUACCGAGCAGCGUUCUGGUGGUGACUUGUUUCCCAUGUAGAUUUUGCCAUCUGGGAACAGGGUGAAUUGAGCUGCAGACACUGAAUGUUCUGGUUUUCCUCCAAGUUAAUGGUUCUCAUUGUAGCAAUAAUUACCAGUCAGUGUGAGUUAGUUCCCCAGGGCGGGUCCUCUAAGGUGAGUUGAUAGAAUUCAUUUCUUUACAGCUGAGGCGCUGACACGGCAUUCCUGCUGUUGUCUGUCUCCCUGCAAAGCGCUGGAUGGACUGUCACUUGACUUGUCUCCUUGAUAUUUGUAUAAGACUUGCAACAGGUUGUCAGUCUUGUCCUGUUAUUUCACCCCUAAAGUGAGCUUACCAAAAACUUGACAGCAUGUUGAAGAGCUCUGGUGCCCACCUGCCUUUGUGUCCAAGCUCUCUACCUCUUCUUAGCUGUGGGUCCCGUGCAAGAUUGUUUUCCUCUAACCUCUCGUCAAAGUGUUUCUGAUUUUUGGUCAGUUUCCUCUUUCAUGAAAUUCCUCAGCCUCAUAGAGUUAUUGUGAGGCUUAAAUGAAAAUAUGAGUGAAGAUCACAUAGCAAUGCUGGGUACAUAGUAAGCACUCAGAACAUUAGCUAACUGUCACUACUUCUACUCUUUUUAUCACGACCACUCAGGUUCAGGGAAGACCCACGUCUUUGUUGCUAGGUCACUGCCACUUCCAGUCCUCCCUGGGUUGCAGUUGGCCAGGUCUCUUGUCCCUGAGAGCUGCCAGAGAGGGCUGAGCAUCCUUCACAGAGGCCCAGGUGUCUGCAGGUGACUGGAAGGGAGGACAGGAGUUGUGGAGCCAGUCGGGGCGGGCGCGGGGGGAUGGUAAUAAUGCUUAUGUGGCUGUCUUCACACAGAUCAGUGGGACUCUUGGAGAGCAACUUUGAGUAACUUCUACAUGCCUUGAUUCUCUAAGUUCCUUUUGGGAUAAGGAUCCAGAAAACAUGUUUGUCUUCCUAAAUUCUGCCUUCUUUUCACCCUGGUAUUUAUUUUCCUGCUUUAAACAUCAACGCUAUUGCAGGUUUCCCCAAACCUAUCAGCCCCACAGAACUCUGAGAAUGCCUUUAUGUUGUUGUUGACACUAGUGGGCGCUCGUGAGAUAGUGCAGCCUCUCCAUUUAGUGCUUCCUUUUUUCAGUCUCAAAGCAAGUGAAACACGUUUGGGCAGUAUUCACACUUAAUAUGACAGUAAACUGUCACAAUAUGUGUCCAAUAUAGGAAACUUACAGCGACCUGUAAAUUAGACCAGGGAUUAGCAAGGACGCAUCCGUGAGAAAGUAGGCAGUGCUGCGUAUUUGCUAGGGGGUGAGCUGCAGUUCAGGUUCAUGGACAGGUGGAAUUGGUGUACCUGGGAUGACCCACCAUGUUUUUCUUUCAUUUCUUAUAUUAAAGAGUGACUUUGAAAGGUUUUAUUGUGGAAAUUUUCAAAUACUCAAAAGUGUGGAGAAUGGGUAGUGAAUGCCCCUGUCUGUACCCCUCCCCUAGCCUCAGUAGGGGUGCCAGGGUUGGCCUCUCUGUAACUUAAAAGACAGGUAAGCAGGGGCAACCAGGGACAAGGUGGGAAAGAAAGUGCAUUCAAGAGGUGGAAAGACCUGAGGUGGGAAACAGCAUCACCUGUUGGGGCAACUGGACGAGAUUAAGUUGUUCAUGAAACACAAAAAGGGCUGUUUGAAUGUGUUGAGAAUGGUUUUCAUUAAAGUUGUUUUAAAGACAACAUUUCUUGUGGUGCCUUUUCUUUCUGUUAAGUCACUUAAUAGCAUUCACUCUUGUUGAAAGGAGCAUGGUUUGGACUAUUGGGAAGUGCUUACUACCAACUAAGAGGCGUUCCUUUCCUGUGCCCCUCAAAGCCUGUGCUCAGCUGUAUCUCUGAGACUCGUUUGCUUCUCUUUCCCAGGAGGUGAAAAGGUGUUUUGAACAGCACUUCUGACUCCUGAAGAAACUUCAGGUGGUAGUUCUCUGAAUGUUACUCCCUGGAAUAGAACGGGGGAGGGGAACUCGUGCUUUUGGGGUGUCAGUUGUGUUUUGGGCACUGUGCAAGCUCUUUCAUGUAAUCUUUACAGAACCCCCAUGGAGGUAGGUUUGUUCUCCCCAUUUUACAGAUGAGAGAACUGAAGGUCAUAGAAGCUAGCCAUCUUGCCAGGGCCACUCAGGUAAUGGCAGGGGAGAAUAAAGUACGCUUAAGCCUCAAAAAUAAAGGGAAACCUCUACUAUAGAAAGAUGCUUGCAGGUUGACUGUCUGCCUCUUUCUGGAAACACCUAGGCAGUCACAACACUGCUCCCCACCCCCCAGCUUGUUUUUUCACAAGCAAAAGCAUUUUCAAAGGAUAACCUUUGAAAGAAAAAGAUAAGUUUUAGGAGAUGUAGAUUAUAAUUU